CGGAGACUGUGUUUUUAGAAACUGUAGUCAGGUUCGAUUGCGGAUCUUCUUUGUCGACGAAACGUUGAUCAUUCGCCUGUUGUGCAGAAGAUCAAGCGCCAUCCUUUUUCAUCCGCGUACUAUUGGUUGCAGCCCGCGAGCUUGUGUAUGAUUGUCAGCUGCACGUACGACUUACUGGGGCUGCUGGUAGCACAGUCUCUGUUGCUUGUGACACCUGAUAGGAACUGUAGGCUGCGAACGCGAGGUCGUUAUGACUAAGUGAAAACCUGUAUUUUUUGUAGUACCUCCUGCUGCAUCUCCACAUCGACAAAACGAGACAAUCCAGACUCAGCAUGCGGCGAAUUAUGACAUCAGCAGGAGCCCUCUCACAGCAAGCCCAUCAGGUUCAUGUCCUGUCCAGCCCGUUUUGUGUACCACGUCACUUGGGGUUUGAAGCGGUCGGGGAGGAAUGCAGGCAGGGGGCGGCCGACUCCGAGCCAGCGUAGACGGCUGCAGCAGUUUUUUUAGCUGUUCGUCUUAUGGCGGAUCGGGCUCGGCUUCAAUCGGCUAGCGAAGGAAAACCGCGUCGCUUGGUUUGCGUUUGUGCCUCUUUCCAAAACAAUCUGACGAGCUUUCUUCGCCCAAUAUGGCCGUUUGCUUCCCGGACGAGUAGCGGUAAUGCAGACAAUGGACAAGCAAGCGUCCUUCUAUCCAAGGAAAAAACUGUGUUAUAGUAAAUUCCAGUACUCUAGCAUCGCAAUUUUUUUUGUUCGGUUCGACAGCAGAAACGUUUUGUUCGCAGAUUGUGUGUCGCAAACGCAAUUAGAAUUCUCCAUUGUCUUGAUCGCGACUCAAACAAAAUAAAGAGCCUUGAGCUACUGCUACUGGACGCUUGGCAGGAUAAGUGAUAUUUGUUUAAUUUGAACUUUUCUUCACACAGUUUUUCUCCCGGAUAGCUUCCUCCU